AUGUUCGAAGGGCAGCUCACCGCGGUGCUGAACCGCACCUUGGGAGCGUACGUCCACGGGAUCUCGUCCAAAGACCUCUCCGUCGCGGUCCUCAGCGGAAACAUCGUGCUGAAGAACCUGCGAAUGAAAGCGGACGCGCUCAACGCGCUCGGCAUGCCCUUCGACGUCCGCGCGGGCGUCGUCGGAAAACUCACGCUUCAGGUCCCGUGGCGCGCGCUCGGACGCCAGCCCGUGAUCGCGACGUUGGACGAAGUCUACGUCGUCGCCGGGUUCGCGUCGCAAGACGCGUCGCUGAGCGUGGAGGAGAAGACGAAGCGAUGGAACGCCGCGCAGGCGGAGCUCAAGCGCAAGAUCGUGGACGAGGGCGAGCUCGCGUGGCUCGCCGCGAACGCCGCGACGGGCGGCGGCGCGACGAAGAACGCCGCCGCGCAGCCGCCGGCGAACGACGGCGACGAAGGCGGCGGCGGGUGGCUCGCGGGCAUGCUCGACACGAUCCUCGGCAACCUCGAAGUGCGCGUCACGCGGAUACACCUCAGAUUAGAGGACGACCUCGGCGGCGCGGAUGGCGCGGACGGCGCCGGCUGCGCGUCCGAAGCUUCUUCCGCUUCGAACCCGUUCGCCGCCGGCGUCACGCUCGAGUCCUUAUCAGUGAGCACGGUAGACGCCGACGGCGCGGAGUCGUUCUCCGUGAAAGGGCUCGCGGAGAGGAUGCGAAAGUCCGCGACGCUGUCGCGCCUGGCGAUAUACUUCGACGUCGGCGCGAAGACGUUGAGGCCGCUGGGGACCGCGGCGUGGAAAGACGUCGCGUCGUCGACGCUCGCGGCGGUGAUGGAACCCGGGACGACGUCGAGAGCGUUCGAGGCCGCGACGGCUGGCUCGAACGUCCCGACGGAGAAGGCGUCGAAGGCGUCGAAGGCGUCGGCGUCGGAGGAGGACGUGAAGGCUUCCGCGCUCGCCGCGACGGAGCAAGCGUCGCGGCGGUCGUUCCUCCUCGCGCCCGCGUCCGCGCGGGCGCGGUACGAACGCCGAGGUAAAAUCGAAGCCGCGUCGGAGACGCUGGCGUCGCAACGCGUGUACCUGCGCGUCGAUUCGCUCGCGGCGACGCUCAAGUCGUCGCACCUGCGCGUGUUGUUUUACGCCGUCGAGAGGUUAGAGCGCGACGCGAGGCGCGCGCCGCACGCGCACUUGCGGCCGUCGGUGUCGGUGAGGGAAUCGCCGAGGGCGUGGUGGACGUUCGCGACGGCGGCGGCGAAGCUGAGACGAUCCGUCGACGCCGCCGAGCGCGGCGGGGAGCUCAGCGUGCACCGCGCGAUGGAGCUCAUGCGCGCGCGGCGUGCCUACGUCGACGCGUACGCCGCGCGCGCGCUGUCAAAGCCGAGGCCGAAGAAGGUGAGGUCUGGCGAGCGGUGGCCGAGGGCGUUGGCCGUCGGCGAGGCGCCGGAGAUCGACGCGAUCGAGGCGUCGCACCCGGCGCACAGCUGCGUGUUGUUCCGCGCGCUCGCGCACCAGCGGUUGAAGCAGACGACCGGGGACGACGUCCAGGACGGCGUCGCGAAGGCUUCCGGCGGCGGGUGGUUUUCGAGCUGGACGUGGGGGUCGUCCGGGAAGAAGGACGACGGCGGCGGCGCGGAGAACGCGGACGGCGGCGGCGACGGCGAGAUGAGCGCGAAGGACUGGGACGCGCUCCAGAAAAUCUUCGACGUGGAAGGCCACGCCGCGGCGGCCGCGGCGGCCGCGUCCGCGGUGUCCGACGACGCGCUCCAGGCUGAGUACUCCGUGCGCGUGGGUUCGAUGUCUCUAGAGCUCGUGGACGACGAGAGCGGCGGCGGCGGCGGCGCGUCGCGACAGAACGUCGUCGUGUUGCACUCCGCCGCGAGCGGCUUCGUCGCCGGCUCGCGAGCGUUCGGCGCGGCGAGGGCGGACCACAGGCUCAUCGUGUCCGGGAUGGAGCUCACCGCGAGCGGCUCGACGCUCGCGCGCGUGCGCGGCGGGCGCGCGUCGCGGGCGUUGGACGACCGCGCGGACGCGGACGACACCGCGCGGAUUCUGUGGGGCUCGGGCGCGGACGGCGAUUCCGAUUCCGACGACGACGACGACGCUUUCGCGGACGCGUCCGCGGACGUGGAAGACCUCGGCUUGGCGUCUGGGACGGACGACGACGCGCGCGCCGCCGCGCCGCCGCCGCCGCACGCGCUGUCCGUGAAGUUCGAGAACAAGCCGAAGCCGCGAUCUCCGCGCGAGGAAGACGAAACGUCAACCGACGCGCCGCCGCCGCCGCCGGAUAUCGUCGUCGCGGCGACCGUCGCGCCCGCGUAUCUGACCGUCCUCCGCGCGCCCGUCGACCGCGUCGUCGCCGUCCUCACGCGGCACAAGUCCGAGGCGCUCGCGGCGCAAGAGGAGACGUUCAAGCGCGCGGUCGCCGCGAGCGCGAGCGCGACCGCGGCGGCCGCGCAAGAGCGCGUCCUCGCGGCGUUGAGCGAACGCCCGGUGAUUGACGCGUCGGUCGUGAUUCACACGCCGCACGUCGCGGUGCCGUCGCGGCCGGGGCUGGACGCGGCGACGCUGCUGCUCGACUUAGGGCGGCUACGUCUCAGGAGCCGCGACGCCGUCGAGCUCGGCGUGGACGUCGCGCAGAGGCGGAUGUUCAGCGGAUUCGCGAUUGAAGUGUCGGAGAUUUCCGCGUCCAUCGCGCGCGGGGUGUCGGACGCGAACGACUGUGGCGUCGGCGGCGCGAAUCCGACUUUGGCGUUCGAGGACGCGUCGCCGCUGCUGCCGUCGUUCGGCGCGCGCGCGACGGUGCUUCAGGCGCUCGCGCCCGUGCCCGGGAGGGCGUCGCUCGACGUGACGUUCACCGCGAACGCGCUGCGCGCGGCGGUGUCGCCGCGGCGGAUCGACCAGCUCGUCGCGAUCGCGGAGCAUCUCUCGUCGUCGUCGGAGCGAAUCUCGACGGGCGGAUACCACGGCGGCGGCGACGACGACGACGACGUCGCGAGCCUCGCGGGGUCGGACUUCACGAUCGGCUCGGACGUGAGCGCGGUCCCGGGAGACGGAGUCAAGGGCUGGAUUUUGCAAGUCUCGUUCGGGCGUCUGCAGUGGACGCCGUGUCUCGUGAAGGUGAACGACCUCGGGAAGGUUGAGAUUUUCGCCGCCGGCGUCGCCGGGGGACUCGGCGCCGUCGCGGGAAAACCGCUCGCGGCGCCCACGUUCGUGACCACCGGGGGCGCGCUGAAACUCCGCGCGAGCGACGCCGCGGGGAAGAAACACGCGAUGAUCGUGUCUCCGGACGCGGCGUCGACGACGAGCGCGAUGGAGAGAAUUCGCGCGGCGGCGGGCACCGGGGCGACGAGUCAUUUCCCGGAUCUCGUCAAGUCGAACCGCGUCGUUCGGUUCAAGUCCUCGAGGGCGAUGACGAGGGUGAAGGAGGCGAUCAACGCGGGCGCGAGGAACGCGCGCGCCAGCGCGGGCAUCGCCGUCGCAGAGGGAGACGAACCGGCGCCGACGGAAGCGGAACCGACGCGCGACGGCGCCGCCGGCUCCGCGAAGGAAAAAGACGUCGUCGACUCGAUUCGAUUCACAGCGACGCUGUCGGAGCUCUCCAUCGUCGUCGCCGCGCCCUUGGACGCGCCGCUGUCAACCCCGGCGGAGAGAGCGUCGUCGGCGUCGACGUUGACGCGCGUAGACACGAUGAGCAGCGAGCACGCGGACGAGUUUUACGACGCGAACGACGAUGUCGAGUGGUGGCGACGCCGCGGCGGCGGCGGCGGCGGCGGCGCCGACGACGACGUCGAACGCGCGCUCGCGCGAAUCGUCCUCUCCGACGUCGGCGCGACGUAUUCGCAGCGCGAUGACGACGUGAACGUCGCGCUCAGCCUCGCCGCGUUUACGGUGCACGACGCGUACGCCUCGGACGUAACGAACCGGCGAUGCACGCUGCUCACGACCGGCGCGGCGAGUCGCGUCGGCGGUAAGGGCGGCGGCGAAAACGAAAACGUUUUCCACGUGACCUACGCUUCCAUCGCGCCGGGGUCGAGCGCGUACGCCGGCGUCGACGCCGAGAUCGCCGCCGUGCUCGGCCCGCUGUCGAUGUCGAUUCGAAGACCGACGCUCGCCGCGCUCGCGGCGUUUCCGUCGCUCCUCGGCGGCGCGCGCGCGAGCGGUUCGGAGACGACGACGACGACGACGCCGACGGCGGCGGCGGCGGCGAACGCGGAUGUGGUCGCCGCGGAGACGGGAAAAUCCCGCGUGGCGAUGGCCGUCACCGCGCGCGUCGACGCGCUCCGACUCGCGCUGCUUCUCGAAGACGCCGAGGACGACGACACCUCGCGAUUGAAUCCCGGGUGCGUGCUGGAGGCGAAAAUAACGGACAUGGACGCGGCGUUGACGCUGUAUCCGUCGACGACGAAAGUCGAAGCGUCGAUGGGGACGCUGCGCGUCACGGAUCCGCGUCUGCCGCCGGCGCAUCCGUACCGGUACAUCGUGAAUCCUUCGCGGGGAGGGAUCGACUCGGACGCGUCGGCGGGGUCCUCGCUCGUGACCGCGUCGUACGAGAGCUUCGACGAGGGCGAGCAGGCGGACGGCGCGCUGUCGAGCGUCGCCGCGAACGUCGCGUCGUUGCGCGUCGUCUUCUUGUACCGCCUCGUGACGGAAAUUUCCGACUUUUUCGACGGCCUCUCCGUCGCGAUCGCCGCUCCCGCCGCGUCGUCGUCGUCGUCCAAGGCGACGACCGCGUCGUCGUCCUCCACGUCAUCAUCCACGUCACCAUCUGCGGCGAUGCGAUUGGACAUCGCGAUGGACGCCCCCGUGAUCGUCGUCCCGCGGCUCACGUCCGACGUGUCGCUCGCGUUGGAGCUCGACAUGGGCGCGCUCGGGGCGAAAAACGCGCUCACGCAGACGCGCUCGACGCGACCCGACGCGGCGACGCGAACCGCCGCGAAAUCCAAAUCGUCCCCGGGGCUCGACAGCCUCGCGUGCAGCGACGACGAAGACGACGAUGCCGACGCAGACGAAGAAUACGACGCGGGGGCGUCCGCGGCGACGAUCGUCGAUCGCACCGCCGUGCGGCUGUCAGGCGUCAACGUCGUCGUCGUCGGCGGCGACGCCGCCGGCGCGGGUCCGCGACGCGUCCCACUCAUGCGCUCGCCCGCGGCCGCGGAGGCGGUGAUCUGGCGUCGUCUCGGCGGCACGCGCGACGCGGACGACGACACGCCGGAGACGGUGGUGCGCGCGGACGUCGAGCCGCUCAUCAUGGACAUCUCCGCGGAGGACUUCCGGUUGCUGUCCACGUGCGUGUUGUCGAACAUGGCGGAAAAACCGUCGAGGAUGGAGACGCCGGCGAAUCCGCUUCGGUUCCCGCGCGGCGUCGCGACGACGGACGCCGAGGACGCGUUUCGCGCCACCGCCGCCGCUUCCGGACCUCUCGGGACGUUAGAAGAGGGCGAGACCGAAACCGGCGACGAGGACGACGCCGUCGUGAACGCCGCCGCGCCGCCGCCGCACUCGCGCUUCUCGCUCGCGCGAGACGAACCCGCCGUCGUCCUCGAAGGCCCGACCGUCGUCACGACGCGCCUUUCCGUCCGCGUCGCGCUCAUGGAGCUCGCGCUGUACCGCGGCGGCGGCCGAGGCGAACCGCUCGCGACGCUGUCCGUGCACGAGCUGUCCUCCGAGGUGUGCGUCUUGGACCCGGACACGUACACCGCGCGCGCGUCCGUCGCCGCGGUGGAGCUCGAGGAUCUUCGAUAUCUUCGAUCGAGACUCGACGGCGGCGGCGGCGGCGGCGGCGGAAGCGAAAGGCUCGUCGCGUUCGGCGGGUGCCCGUCCGCGGAGCGCGCGACGAUCUCGCGCGAGCGCGGCGGGCUGCUCCCGUUGCUUCAGCUCGAGUCCACGACCGGCCCCGCGGUGGGAGGCACGCGCGCGGGGGCGACGCUGCAGCGGUUCACGCUCGAGGUUGAGCCGACGUUUCUUCUCGACGUCGGCAGGGUGUUUUACCCCACGCUCGCGGGCGGCGGCGGCGAAGCCCCGGAGGAGGUUCUCCCGCGCGACAUCGCGCUCGCGCCCGGGGUCGUGCACGCGCUCGACGCGGACGUGGUGUUAUCGAAAGGCGUUCGAAUCGUCGCGGAUGGCGGCGCGGGCGGCGAGUACGUGCUCGACGGCGGCGGACGCGCUUUGCGCGUGCGCGAAGCCGACGUCUUCUCCGGUCCCGUCAUUUUCGUCGGACCGAAGUGCGUGUUGACGCUAAAAAACGUCCUCGUGGAGAUCGAGGCCGCGUGCGGCGCGAAAGCGGCGUGGCCGUUCGUCGUCAAGCUCGCCGCGGGCGCGCGGUGCGUCGCGGCGCCGGAGGAUAAAGUAUCCUUCGCGUCGUCCUCGGCGUCCGUCGCGGAUUGCGAUCGCGAGCUCCCGGCGUCGGCGCUCUCAGCCUCGGAGACGGCCGCCGCGGCCGGCGCUACGACCGCGGCGGCGACCGCGACCGCGGCGGCAACGCGGACGACGUUUUCGUUCCGUGCGACGUGCUUAGAGCUGCGCGUCGUCGGCGACGGGCGCGGGAACGGCGACGCGGGCGAUAACGCCGGGGAAGACGACGCCGUGGAUUUUACGCUCGGCGUGAACGCCGAGUACGUCUCGGAGACGCGCUGCGCCGCGGACGGCGGCGACACGGACACGGACGUUCAGCUGCAGCUCGCGCGCGUCGGCGUGCGCCAGUCCAGCGGGAGCGACGGAAACGACGCGAGCGACGGCGACGGAGAUAUCCUCGCGCCCGUGGACGUCACGAUGCGUUACGCCGUGCGCGCGGAUAAAAACGGCGUUCAAGACGACGAAGCGCGAAUCACUCUCGGCGCGUCGCCGCUGUCGUUCUCGCUCUCAAACGAGCGCGUCGAACUGCUCUCGCGCCUGUCCGCGCGCCUCGCGUCCGCGUUCGCGUCCGCGCCGGUCGCGCCGUGCCGCGUCUUCAACAAAGUCUGGUCCAGCGACGAACUCGGCGCGAGCGCCGACGACGCCGCCGGCGGCUUCGACGAAGGCGUCGGCGGCUCGACGAGAGGCGCCGCCGGGUGGUCCAUCUGGCGUCCGCGUCCGCCGUCCGGGUACGCCCCGCUCGGCGACGUCGUCGCCCUCGGCGUCGCCAAACCCCCCGCCGACCCGGUGACGGUCAUACGCGCGUCGCCCGCGUUCACGUCGCCGCCGUUGGCGUUCGAGCACGCGGGGACGAGGACGCCGCCGUCCAUCGCCGCCGCGGGGCUCGUCGCGUGGACGCCGACGCCGCCGCCCGGGUUCGUCGCCCUGGGCGUCGUCUGCGCGCCGGAAGGUUCGGGGCCGCCGCCGCUGGACGCGAUGCGGUGCGUUCGAAGAGAGCUCGUCGUUGCCGCGGAGGGCGUCGUCGGGAGAGCGUGCGCGGGCGUCGGCGAAGCGCCGUUGUGGGUCGUGAACAACGCGGCGCGGACGUGCGUCGCCGGCGGCGCGCGCGCGGCGCGCGCGUUGGACCUUCGCGUGCCGACCGGGCUCCCCGGGGAGAAACGCGGCGCGAGCGGUGGCUCGAGCGCUUCUGCGGCGUCUUCGUCGACGACGACCGCCGCCGUGGAUGUCGACGGAUUCGGUAGUAACGUUCCGUUAACCGGCGUUACCGCCGCGCCGGUGACGAUGACCGUCGUCGAUUUCGAACGCGUGUGGUGGGAUUUCAAAUCCGGCGCGAAGACGCGCGUGUCCGUGUGGCGUCCGAAAGUCCCGCGCGGAUGGGGCUCGUUCGGCGACGUCGCGGUGAACCGCCUCGAACCGCCGGUGUCCACGGUCGUCGUUCGCGUGAUCCCCGAUCGCGUCGAACGCGGCGCAUCCGGUCGCCCGCGGUCGCCGCCGACGACCCCGCCGAUCGGCUACCACCUCGUGUGGAAAGACUCCGGUUUCCGCGCUGGGCGCAGCCGUCACAAGCAAGGCACGAUCUCGUUCUGGCGCCCGGUCCCGCAGGACGGGUACGUCGCCAUCGGCGACGUCGCGUCGCCGUCGCACGCGUCCCCGCCGAAGGACGCGGUCGUGUGCUUGAGAGCGGACCUCGCGCGAGCGUUGCCUCAGUUUGCGUUCAGCGAAGGCGCGGCGUGGACCUCCGCGGGCGCGCACUUCAAACUCGGCAAGAGACCUGUGGCGCUGUUUCACCCGAACGCGUUCUCGGAGGACUGGACGUCGUUGGGGACCUUCCUCGCGGCGCACGCGGAGGAGGGGAAGUCGUUGAGACCGCCGGAGAUGGCUUACGCGCCCGAGUACGCGCGAUGGAAGUCCCCGACGGACCAGGACGGCGGAGGCGGCGGGUACGUCUUUUCCACGCGGCUCGACGUCCUCGACGCGACAGUCUUCGCGGACGCGGCGGCGCGACGCGCGCCGCUCGCGCGUCUGUCCUUACGCCGCGUCUCCGUGGACGCGAAACUCACCGCGGAUAACGACACAACCGCGGAGGUGUCGUGCACGACGGAGCUGUCGCACUUCAACGCGAGGACGGCGGCGUGGGAGCCGGUCGUCGAGCCGUGGUCGCUCGUCGCUCGGUACGCGGACGUCGUCGACGCGUUGGACGCGCCAUCGAAACGCCGAGCGCUGGACUUCACGCCGCCGGGGUAUACCCUCCGCGUGGACGGCGCGGGGCCGUUGCGAACGGUCAUCACGCAUGCGUUUCUGGAUGAUCUGAUCGGCGCGUACGCGGCGUCGAUGCGCGCGGGCGGCGAGAAGAAGACGACGCACGCCGCCGCCGCCGCGAAGAAGAAGAAGAUGAACGAAAACGACGGCGACGGCGUCGUCAACGCGACGGGUCGCAGGGUCUGGACGCGCGCGAAAAACGGCGUCGUCACGGAGACGAAACCCGGCGGGAUCUUACCGGGCGUCGGCGUCGAGAGAGCGCCGCCGGCGUCGCUUCUCGCGAACGGCGCGGAGGACGGGGUCGUCUCUCCGCGGUCGAGACCGACGUCGUCGGAGCCGUGUUACGCGCUGAUCGAAGUGCUCGCGUGUCGCGCCGUCGGCGUCGUCGAAUCGCUCGACGCCGCGUCAGACGACGACUCCGUCCCGCCGCCGCCGCUUCGCACGCUGCGGUUUUCUUUGGACGGCGUCCGGGGAGACGGCGGCGUCGAUCACGAUCACGCCGCGUGCACGAUCGCGCUGGAAGACGAAACGUCAACCGGCGCGGCGCUCGUGGACGUCGUCCCGUGGCGGCUCGCGAACGCGAACGCGAACGCGAACGACGCGGGCGACGCGUUCGGCGUUUUGCGUUUGCGCGCGGAGGUGACGCACACGUCGCACGGCGCGAUUCAAGCCGCGCUGGGGGAGUCGCGUCUCGAUGCGCGCGUGGCGUCUUCCGCGAUCGACGUGCCGUCGGCGGUGCUGCUGCGCGCCGCGAGCGCGGAGACGUGGUUUCCGAGCGAUGACGGCGAGUGGUACGAGCUGGAGCCGUCCGCGGCGAGCGGAUCGAACCGCCGCCCGCGCGUGCGACUUCGCGUUCGGCUCGUCGAGGGCCUCCAACUCCGAUCGCCGCGCGCGAGAACGCCGCUCGGCGCCGCCGCGAUGAUCUCGAGCGCGAUGUCGUCCGUCUCCGGGGACUUCGACGGCCUCGCGAUCGCGGACGCGGGCGUCGGCGGCGGCGACGGCGGCGGCGGCGGCGGCGACGGCGGCGCGGGACGUUUAGAACGUCUGAAACUCUACCGCGCGCAUCAGCUCGAGCUCGUGUGGUGGUCGCGAAACUCCGGGUCGAUACUGGACGUCUCCGGGUGGCACCCGGUGUGCCCGCCGGGGACGGCGCUCCUCGGGACGUCCAUCGUCGCCGGGUUCAACGCCCCGAACGAGGCGUUGAUCGCGCGCGCGCCGUGGCUCGACCCGGCUGCGUCGGUUUCUUCGGUUUCAAAACCGUCCGUCGGCCCGUCCGCGACGGCGCCCCCCGUCGGGUUCGCGCGCGUCUACGCGGACUCCGGGAAGCGAUGGAUGAACGACCCGAACGGCACGGUCGCGAUCUGGCACCCGGAGGCGCCGCCGGGGUACGUCGCCGUGGGAUGCGUCGUCACCCCGGAUCACCAGCCCCCGGAUCCGACGAAAUUCGCGUGCGUCCGCGCCGAUCUCGCGGCGCCGUCCGCCGCGGCGCCGGCGCCGCUGUGGUCCAAUCACGGCGCGCACAGCAAGCUUGGGAACGAACAGCUCGCGCUGUAUCGCACCGGCGUCGCGGGCGGCGCGGGGUGGACCGCGGUGUCGUCGCAUUCGCGCGAGGACGUCGAGCACGCGGAGUUUCCGCCGUUUGAGAUUCGGUGGGACGUCGCCGCGGGCGCGAGCGUCGAGGAGGCGUCCGCGAUCGCCGCCGCCGCCGCCGACGACGCCGACGCCGACGACGACGCCGCCGUCGCGACGAUAGGCGGGCCGAACAUCGCGCUCGCGCCGAACGGCCCGUGGGCGCCGGUGGGGUCGCGUCGGCUCGGCGCCGCGACCGCGGCAGCGGUGGCGCUGGGCCCCGCGCGCGCCACCGCCGUCGUCCUCGAUCGGAGGCUCGGGACCCUUCGCGCGCCGGCGACGGCGACGUCGCAUCUGCCGUUCGAGAUGGAGGCGCGUCUCGUGACGUUGAACGUCGUCCCGGACGCGGUCGCGGGCGGCGCGAAGAAGAAGAAGAUAAGGCGCGGUGGCGGCGGCGGCGGCGACGCGAUUUCCGACGUCGCGGACGUGUACGAGUCCGAGCGGUUCUACCCGUUCGUCGGUUGGACCGAGCCGAAGGGCAACCUGGACGAAUACUUCACCGGUCGCUUCGGCGAGCUCGGCGGCGCGAACAGCACGUCACACUUCCCCGACGUUCCUCUCCCGGAAGGCUGGCGAUGGGACGGCCCCUGGGAGCUCGACCGGGGCGUCAGCGUGGACGCGAACGGGUGGGCGUACGGCGCCAACUGGGUCACGAAGUGGGGGCACGGUUCCGGCAGCCGCGGGAUACACGUCACGCGGCGGCGGCGGUGGACGCGCAGACGCGCGCCGAUCGACGCGGACGACGCGGACGACGUGGACGCGGACGACGACGACAGAGGGAAGCUCGCCGCGGAUCCGUCGUCCUGGAGCGGGGUGUUACGCGCGCAGGAACCGGGGCGGCCGCCGGCGGAUCCGCUGCCGUUGCCGCUCGGCUGCGGCGGCGCCGCCGCCGGCGGGUCCACCUCGUUGGGCCUCGACGUGCGGAUCCCCGGGAGGACGGAGUGGGCGCGGCGCGACCCCGCGGCGUUCGGGAGCGCGUGGCCGAUUCCGAUCGGGCGGCUCGCGCCGCGCCCGCGCGCGCGCGACGGCGACCCGAUCGUCAACGGACACGGGCCCUGGUUAGCCGAGUGCGUCGACGCCGCCGCAAACGCCGCGUCGUCGUCGUCGUCGUCGUCGUCGAAUCCCACGACGUUCGUCGUCUUCACCGCGGAGCCCGACCUCGAGGUGAGCUCCAUCGCCGGCGUGGACGCGCUUCGGGGCGGCCGCGCGUGGCGGCUCGCCGCGCACGCGCCAGUGACGAUCCAGACCGCGCUGCCGUGCGCCUGCGCGUUCGUCCUCCGCGCGCCCGACGCGUCCGCCGUCGCGACGGGCGUCGCGCGUCCGGGCGCGCCGUGUAAGAUAACCUCCGCGGAUCCGCGCGUGCCGCUCGCGCUAGAGCUCACGCCGCUGAUGCCCGACGGAUCGCCCGCGGGGACGUGCGCUAGCGCCGUUCCGCUGCGCGGCGGCGGGCCCGUCGCGGAGUUGUGCGUCGGCGGCGGCGGCGGCGGCGACGACGGCGGAACGUUGCGUCUCGCCGUCGCCGUCGACUUCGCGUGCGCGCCGUCCCCGGGCGCGGCGGCGCCGCCGCUCCUCGUGGACGUCCGCGCGCCGUUGAUGCUGGCGAACGGGUGUCCAUUCAGCGUCCGCGCGGGCGCGCUCGAGGCGGUGAAGAACCGUCCGAUCGCGACGACGCGCGUCGACGCCGGCGCGCAGAGGAUGCUGCCGACGCCGCAGAUGAAAAAGUUUGCGAAAAAAUCCGACGGCGGACAUCAUCGCGACGACGACGACGCGUCGCUGACCGCGCGGCGGACGAUCUACAUCGCCGCCGCCGCGCACGACGGCUCGGCGUUCGGAAACCCCGCGCGCGUGGAGAUCGAGCCCGGGGCGGAGCCGACGCGGGCGCUGAUGCACACGCCGUCCGGGCCGGUGCUCGCGCGCGUAUCGUCGCAGCCGUGGGCGCCGAAGGGCGCAUCCGCCGCGGCGCCGCGGCCGUGCUUGCGCGUCUCGAUCGCGCCGUCGCUCUCGAUCGUGAACCUGUCGUCGGUCGCGGUCGCGGUGAGCGCGACGGGCGCGACGACGCAGACGUUCGCGCCGGGGCAGGGGCCCUGGCCGGUGCUCCACGCGCCGGAGAGACCCCGCGGGCGCGGCGGCGGCGGCGGCGGCGGCGGCGGCGACGACGACGACGACGUCGAGAUCGCGUUCGCGAUCGACAACGCGCCGUCGUCGGCGCCGCUGUCCGUCGCGGAGGUCGCCGCGAGCGCGACGGGGAUGUGGAUAUCCCCGCCCGCGCGCGGCGGCGCGGCAGUAACCGCCACGGUCGCGGCGUUACACGUCGCGGCGGAGACGACCGCGGAGGGGUGCCGACUUCUCGUCUUGCGCGGCGGGAGCGCGCCGGAGGAGUGCUCCGCCGCGUCGUUGCGCGUCGCGAACCGAACCUGGCGCGACGUGUCCGUGCGGCAAGUCAGGCGAAAGAACGGCGCGGACGGCGCGGAGGCGUGGGACGCGAUCGGACCGUGGCUUCGCGUCAGCGCGGGGUCGUGCACGCCGUGGGCUCUGAGCGAUCCGUCCGCGGCGGCGGCGGCGGCGGCGGCGGGCGCGUCCAUCUCGACCGCGCCGUCGCGGCGGCGCCGCGAGCGCGAGAUCGUCCCCGCCGAGGACGACGUGGAGACGGGCGGGGAGGGCGGAGAAAACGACGAAGACGACGACGACGACGACGACGACGACGGCUACUUUCUCGCCGGGUACGACGGCGACGCCGCCGACGACGCGUCCUCGAGACCAAACUUUGUCGAAGUCUGCGUCGGCGACGUCGACGACGUCCAAAGCGCGCGCGCGCGCGUCUCUCUCCCGUCCGCGAGCGCGUCCGACGCGAUGCCGACGGACCCGCUGGAUCGCCCCGCGGCGAUCGUCCGCGACACGAGCGGCGGCGCGUCCGCGCACGACACGUGGCACAACGUCUACGCCGUCCGCCGCGUCUUCGACGCGGACGCCGGCGCCGGCGCCGGCGUCGCGUCCAUCGUCGUCGCGCGUCACGCGGCGUCCGGCGUCGACGCCGGAGAAGCAGAGCGCGCGCUUCUCCCCGCGCCGAAGCGACGGCAGCUCGUGCGCGAGUCUCACGUCGAGAUAUCGCUCCCCGUCGCGUCGUUAUCCGUCGUCGACGGCGCGGACGAGCUGCUGUUGGCGUCGUUGGACGGGUUCGAGCUCGCGUCGCGGUCGGGGCUCGGCCCCGGCGGCGGGUCCGCGGCGAUCGAGGUUGCGGUGCGGGGCGUGCAGGUGGACGACCAGUGCCCGAGGGCGGCGUUCCCGGUGAUCGCGUACCAUAACCCGGCGCACGGCCCGCUGUUGAGGGCGUUCGCGACGACCGCGCCGAUCGAAGCCGGCGGCGACGGCGAAGGCGCGGGGAGCGGCGGCGGCAAAGACGCGCGGCACCCGGCGAUUUCGGUCAACGUGACGCGGGGCGGCGUACACCUGCGCGUGCACGAACCGUUCCUGUGGCGUCUGUCCGACUUCGCCGCGCGGCUGCGCUCGGAGCGGAUGACCGUCGCGAGCGGCGGGAAGAGCGGCGGCGCGGGCGCGGGCGCGGGCGCGGCGGCGGCGGCGACGGCGGCGGCGGCGGACCCCGUCGUCGUCGUCGGCGCGAUGCGCAUCUCCCCGAUUCACGCGAAGAUCACGUUCAAACCGUCGCCGGACUCGCGACCGAACGGCGUCGGACCCGCGGUGUCGUCUGUGCUCGCCUUCUUAAACCUCGACCGGCUCCCGAUUCACAUCGGCGAGUUUCGACGCGCGAGGGAACGCGCGCGGUCGUCUGCGUUAUCGAAGCAAGUGUACGGGCACGUCAAGGCUGAGGUGUUGAAGCAGACGCUGCAAGUCCUCGCGAGCGUGAACCACCUCGGAAACGUCGCGGGGACGCUCGAUCAGUUCGGGGAUAAGAUUCGGGACCUGGGCGGCCUCAUCGGCGACGACGUCAUCGGCGGCGAGUCGCGGCGAGGCCGCGGCGACGACGGCGGCGGCGGCGGCGGCGGCGACACCGAUCUCUUCGACGACCUCACCGGCGGCAGAGUCAACGUCGUCACCGGCGCCGCGCGAGGCACGGGCGAGCUCGCGAAGGGCGUCCUCGGCGGCGUCGCGGGCAUAUUCACGAAAGCCGGGAAGGGGUUCAAGAAGAGCGGCGUGCAAGGCUUCGCGAGAGGCGCGGCGCAGGGCGUCGUCGGACUCGGCACGAACACCGCCGCGGGUGCCGUAAAUUUCGUCGCGCGCGUCGUCGAAGGCGUCGACGCGACGAUCGGCACGGCGCAGGACACGGUGAAAGGCGGCCAGGACGCGGCCGCGGCGACGCGUCGAAGGCUCCCGCUCGCGGUCAGAGGCGACGGCGUCGUCCGACCGUGGACGCAGCACGACGCGAACGGGCUGCGUUUACUUCGCGUCGCGCGCGCCAAGACGGACGCCAUCGGAGGCAAGACGCGGCCGUUCGCGAGCGAUCGGUUCGAAGCGUCGCUCGCGAUCGCGGACGGCCGCGUGCUCUUGCUCUCGAACGCGCGCGUCGGCGUCGUCGCGGCGGCCGAGGAGAGAGUCGAGUGGGUGUUGACGUGGGCGCAGGUCGCGAGCGUGCGCGUCGGCGAGGGCGGCGAUGACGACGGCGGCGCCGUCGUCGCGAUUCGAGCGCGCGGCGACGGCGCUCGGGCGAUGAGACUCGCGCGGUGCGAGAAUAACGCGAGGGCGAGGGAGGUCGUCGCGCGAGUCGGGGACGUGUGGGCCGCCGCGAGGGCGGCGAGCGUCGGCGGCGGGGGGGGAGGAGGAGCGGGUGGGGGGUUCUGA